AUGUUUCGCGAUGUGCGACGUCACAUACGUCAGUGUAUCCUGUGCCAGAAAUGCAAGGCAGAGCAGCGGCAACAAGCUGGGAAGAUGCUAACGAGACAGGUCACCGAACCUUUGGCAUACUAUGUGCAGAUUUCGUCGGACCGCUGCCUCGUUCAAAAGAGGGAAUACCAUGCUCCUCGUCUUCUUCGACACCUUCACCAACCUUCCGCGAACGGAUCAUCAGCCAUUUCGGAGCCCCUGAGGAAACUGGUGUGUGAUAACGGAUCACAGUUCACCAGCAAGGCGCGUUCCAAGGACUUCCUCAAAGAAAUGGGAGUAGAAUUCAAUUCACCGCCCCAGCACUGCCCACGAGAGAACCCGACUGAGCGCGCGAACCGCACGGUCAAGACAAUGAUCGCACAGUACGUGGAGAAUGGACAGAACACCUGGGACAGUUUACUGCCCGAAUUAUCGCCGCGAUCAACACAAGUGUGUCACCAUCAACCGGGUAUAGCCGAGCCUUUCUUCUACAAGCUCAGCGAAGACCGCGGCUACCUGGAUCUGAGUACGACCGUGUGA